AUGUCAUUACAGUUAGAGAAUGUAACAGACACUCAUAAGAAACACAAGUUAGAUCUCGAAACAGAAGAAGAUUGCCAUGCUUGUACUAUUUGUUCAGAAAACUGGGAUGCUAAAGGCGAUCAUUGUCUUGUUAGUCUCAAGUGUGGCCAUUUAUUUGGGAAAAAAUGCAUUGUACGUUGGAUCAUUGACAGAAGUAAGAAAUUGGGUGGAUCAAAAGCACCUUGUCCCAUGUGCAUGAAAGCAGCUCGACAAAGUGAUAUUCGUAUUGUCCUUCCAACACGUAUUGCAGUCAAAGACACAACGCAAUCAGACUUACUGAAACAAGAAUUAGAAACACUUCGAGUGCAGAUCAAAGAAAACGAAAAAGAACUAGAGCUUUCUCGACUUGGACUUAAUCUACGUAAAAGAGAACUGGAAAAAGCGAAAAGAAACAUGUCCCUUCCACUACUACCAUCAUUACCUUCAACUGUUACUAUGAUACCAAAACUUAACCAACUUCCUUAUACAAUAUCUAAUUCAAAGCGAUUAUCAGACACAAGGCAUGUCGCUCGAGUCAUGGCCUUAAAUUCCCAUACCAAUACUGCCUGUAUCUCAUUCAAAUCAUCUAAUGCUCAUGGUUUGCUUAAACUCGAUUUAACUACCAUGAAACAGACUGAAUUUAUGCCUGUUCAUAAUAGUCUUAUACGUGAUGUUCGCUAUACAAAUGACUGUGUCUUAUCAACAAGUCUUGAUAAAACCCUUCAACUGACAUCCACACAAUCAGAACUGACAGUGAAUUUGCCUAUGCCUGGUUGGUCUUGUUGUGCUGAAGAAAAUCUGUUGUUGAGUGGAUUAGCAGACAGUAAAGUGAUGGUAUACGAUAGACGAUUUGCUACUGAACCUCUCAAGAUAUUCAGUCAUCCUACUGCUCAAAAAACACCUUUACAUUCCUUAUUUAUGACAACCAUAGACAAUCGACCUAUUGUCUGCUGUGCCAACUUGACACAAGCCUUUUUAUAUGAUUUUGAUACAUCUCAAUCGACGCUGAUUGAAUCUGAUUUUCAAGAAUUCAAGCCGUAUUCAUUGACACUUCAUGCAGAUAAAAAAGACAUUGUAUUAUUGUCUUCUCGAAGUCCAACUUCUACAAGACAUACACUACAUCAAAUCAAGCCUGAUUUGGUUGUCCCUGAAAUCUCUUGUUUUGUUGUUCCUCAACCGCAAAAGAGUCUAACACGCACACUUGCUUAUUCAGGGCCAGAAGGAGAGGAUGUGAUUGGCUAUAGUCAAGAAGAAAAAGGUGCAUUGCAUUUACAACAAUCUGAUAAACAAUUACAACAAUUUCAAAUUCAUAGUUGUCCAUUAGACAUUCAAUCCUUUCACAACAAACUUGCCUUCUUAACAGACAAUCGAUUCUUUUUGCUUGAGCCUAAACCAAUAAAGGGCCGUGACUCGCUUUAA